AUGCCACCUCGGCUCCGCCUUCGACCAGUGAGCCCAAGGUCGCAAACGAUGACUACGAUUGGAUAUCAGCUUUAUUUUGUACAAAUGAUCUUCCUACUGUCUUUCUUGUCUCCCGCCAAUUGCCUUCCCACGCCAUCCAUUUCCGCAUUAGCACAUUCCGCGCCAACACCAAUAACUUUCCAAGAUUAUGUUGAUCAUGCACCAUACCAAAAUUCGAGACGACGCUCAAAGCGUUUUGUAACUGAAGGCUCUUUCUGGGAUCAAACUAAACUUACCUGGAAAAUUGGAAGAAAUAGUAAAACACUACCGGCCUAUAAGGUCCAGAAAGUCAUCCAGGCCGCUUUUGAGGUUUGGGAGGGCUAUGCCGGCUUCUCCUAUGAAUACACACCAAACGGACGGGUCCACAUUGAAAUUGUUUUUGCCGAAAAUGGCCAUGGAGAUGAUGAACCUUUUGAUGGAAGAGGAAAAAUCCUGGCCCACGCCUUCUUCCCGAGAUUCGGCGGGGAUAUACAUUUUGACGAUGCUGAAAAUUGGGCAUUAGAUAAAAAUGAAAUCGGCGUUGAUCUCUAUGCGGUUGCCGUACAUGAAAUUGGGCACUCCCUAGGCCUCAAACAUUCGAAUAGUAUGGAAGCGAUUAUGGCCCCUUAUUACCAGAAUUACCAAGGAAAUUCACUAUAUUUAAAACAAGAUGACGUUUCUGCAUUGUUUUCGAUUUACGGCAAAGACAAGGAUGUGUUUGACCGUAAUAAAGUUGGGCUAACGGAUUUAAAACUUCCGGAUAUCUGCAGUAAUCCUCAUCUUGACGCAAUUACCAUGGUGAAAGGCGGGAAAAUUUACGCAUUUCAAGGUUCUUAUUUCUGGGUGCUAAAGGAACGAGGUGGAAUCGAAUCGGGUCCAUUGCGAAUUGAUGAAUUUUGGCCAUUUGAAGGACAUAUUGAUGCGGCAUUAAGCGAUGGGAUUGGGCAUUCGUAUUUCUUUAAGGAUAAACUUUAUUGGCUUAUCGGGCGAGAUGGAGUCACAAGAGCCGGAUAUCCAAAAGAAAUCUCCCGUGGCUUCACCGACACCCCGGACCAUAUUGAUGCAGCAAUGAUCUGGAAUAAAGAUGGGAGACCAUACAUCUUUAAAGGCCGCAAAUUUUGGCGCUACCAAUACACCGGGAUGCCGAAAGGGUACCCAAAAAGCAUUCGGAGCCUGGCUUGGGGCUUUGACUUCCCGCGAAUCGACGCCGCAUUGACAUAUAAAGAUAGAAAUUUCUUAUUUAUUGGCAACAAAUAUUAUCCAGUGACUGGGAAACAACAUCCUCAAAUCAGUCUAGCGCGUGGGCGCUUGAUCGCUGAUGAUUGGUUCGGAUGUAACGGCGGCCGAUUGCCCUAU